AUGAUAAAAGAUGCAGACCAGUGUAGGUGGCAUCCAUUUAAGGGUCGAAAUUACUGUUUUGGCGGAAAGUGUCAUUCAUUAGAUAAACAGUGUUCGCAAUUGUGGGGCGACAGAAGAACCGUUGCAGCCGAUGCAACUUGUUACGACCGGAACGUGUACAAUACUAGCAAGUGCUUCAACUGUGAUUACGAUGCUAUAUCAUCUGCUGUUAUUCCUUGCAGUUUAACUAACAGAUUCUGUGGGAAAUUAUUGUGCGCAUUGAGUAAUCCCAACGUGUUAUACAAAUAUGUAUACGAGAGGACUACUAUGUCUUGCGUCUGCGCAUUUUUUAAACUAAUAAAGGGCAGUAGUCAUUUAUCUUAUGCCAAGGAUGGAAUGAAAUGCGGCUCCAACAAGGUUUGUUACGAAAGAGACUGCAUUGAAAAGGAUUCAUAUGUUAGAAUACUUCAGCAUUGUGCCGUCAUUUCUCAAGGAUCAACAGUGCACGUCCCAUCGGCCAGUUUUGUCGCCCAUCUGCUUCUGAAGUUGUUCGCUCUGUUCUUUCAACGAAUGCUCACCUGA